GCAUCUUAGCGGCGAGACCGGCAUAGCGGGCAAGGCUGGAUAGCUCAUGCGGCCCGGCUUGCCGCAGAAGACGAUUAGAUGUUUAGUUCCCCAGUUUGUGGGCUUACCUCAGGAUGAACAAAGGGGAACGAGACAAGACGACCAAGGUUUAGGACCCCGUAAAUAUCCUCUACGAGGGCCGAUAUGGAUUCAUUUCUUACGUAGGUUCUUUCCGCCAAAUUUGUACACAGUUUAUGCGAUAUCAUUUCGGCUUCUUAUCUACGGUCAUUAAUGAAGAAUCAGGAAAAAGAACUACACAAUACGGAGUAUCAGUCCAUGUCCUCCAUGAAAUGAGGCAUCUCAUCAUGCAUGAACCAACCAAUCAGAGAUAAAUCCCCUUACUCAAUAUAUUGCUUGGGCAAAGCAACUCCCAUCUCUUGUGUGAUCCUAAGUAUGAUUGGUGUAUAUGCUUAGGUAUACAUGCUGAAGCGUGAGAAUCUUACGUUUAGCGCGGAUAGAAGUUUGCCUUGCAGACUGGAGAGGGAAAAGCAGAAAGUUCCGCAUGCACUGUUACUACGGAGAGGUGACGAAGGGCCUGGACUUUUUUUUCAUACGGGACACGAAGUAACUUGUAAAUCCUGAUAAGAGACGGACUCGUUAACUCUGAUCUAGGCUUACCCUCACGGAGUACGGGGAAGUUUCUCCAUCAGUCUGCAAAGCCAACCACAGCGAGAACUCCGUUAAACUUAUCUAAAUAUAUGGAUGUCCUAGCACAUCAGCAGGCUCAGCUGUCGGACGACCAUGUAGAUCCCCCUGCCGAGCGUCUGGAUUCAUAUGGACUCAUACAUGCAUUGUUACCAGAAACCCUCAGUAUCACUUAAUUACGGAGUACGGAGUACUGGAUGCCGAGUCGACGACAGCUACUGAAGGGAUGAUCAGAAUAUGUACUCCAUACGGAGGAAUGUUUCACUCGUUGGAUAGGCGGAUGGGGGAGUCACGAAGCCUCGAGAGUUGGAUGGUUGAUGGCUUCCAUUCUGUGGUAUUAUUAUCCAGAGCAUCAAUCGUCGGGAUUCUGGAGGGGGUUUCAUCAAACCUCUGAUCCGUGGUGGCACCAGAGACGGAAAUUUGGACGGAAAGUAAUGGGAAUUGUUUCAACAGCGGUCAAAACCUCCCAGGGGUUUUGUUUGAGACGUCGUUUCCAUCGGUUAUGGAAGUGGUCAACAAAGGGUAGUCACUCCAUAAGAGCUACCUACGCCAUGAAGAAGAUGGCGAUGGAUAUUCGAGCCUUGAUAGUCGUGGACGGCUGGCUGCUGGCCGCAGCUAGGUAAACUCGCCCGAUAGCUUUGCUUGUCGGUAGUUGCAAGGCCUGAAAACAAGCAGUGGACCAGGCGAAGACGGGAUGCUUGUUAAAAUGGUUAGUCCAAUGGCUACCCGGCGGCCGGUGGUCCACUACACUCCACUAGAAUAUAUUUGACCCCUACACCGUUGUUUCUCUCCAUCACAUCUGUCUUAUCCAGCUUAUUACCUCGCACCGGGCCCCGGAGAAAGAGGGAAAGCAAAG